UAGUAGGUUUAUAAGUCAAUUAUAAUUCUGUAGUAGUAUACGUUUCGGGUUGAUGCCUUUCCUAAUAACGAAGAUACGUUUAAUUCAUGGUUACAAAUUCUGCUUGCAUCAUACCGAGAGGAAGAACAUUAAAGGGUUGAAAAUUCUCUUUUUGCGACGCAGAUUUUUCCUAAUUUCGCACAACUACACAGGUUGGAAAUUCUCUUUUUGCGACGCAGAUUUUUCCUAAUUUCGCACAACUACACAGGAUAACUCGGAUGUGUUAAAAUCGAGUCCAAACAAGAUAAGCGAUUCUUCCAACUUCACCACGUUCGCAACAACACCUAAGCCUUUACCCACCUGGGCCGCCUUCAUAAACAGCAACAUCAAUGUGUCCAUGGAAAUGUCCGUAUUUAACUUCACACAUCAAGCAUUGGUAUUGUACAAUGCAGAUGUGGAGCCAACAGAGAAUAUUUCAGACGUUGAUGUUAAUAUUACCAAAAAUAUCUCCAGGUUGAACUCACCACUGGCCGUAACGAUCGCUGUGCUUUUAGUGUUCCUAUUUUCUCCUAUGAUCCUUAUAGGAAAUUCCUUAGUGCUAAUAGCGAUGUAUAGAUUUAAAAGGUUACGAACUCCAAGCAAUUAUUUAAUUAUGUCUUUGGCCACAUCGGAUUUGGGAGUUGGAAUGUUCAUGCCGAUCGGAAUGUACUUGGAAAUAGGUGGUACAAAUAACUUCACAAGUGCGCACGUAUGUUUACUAAGUUACGGUAUCGCGAUAACUUUGUGCUGUGUUUCGGUACUUGUGAUGGUAGCGAUCGCCGUUGAUCGCUUUACUUCGUUAGCGAGACCACUUCGGUACCCCAAUCUUAUCACGCAUUCGGCUGUCGAACGAUACAUUGCCGUAUUUUGGGCCUAUUCGUCUUUAGUUGGAUUCACACCUUUAGCAUAUGCACUAGUUAAUGGAAUUGCCGGAAAUCAUGGACACGAUGACUGUUCAUUUGGAGGUUUAGUCGCGCGACCAGUACAAUUGUUCAUGUUUUGUGCUGUAUAUGGACCAAGCGCUCUAGUUCUUCUAGUUUGUUACGGAUACGUCUACUUUGUUGCAAGAGGACACGCAAGAGCGAUCUCUGAAGUGCGACAUUCCCUUCACUAUUCGUCCGGUGCAACCACCGGACCACCUAGAUAUGGGCUCGCGUUAGCAAUAACUGCCGGCCUAUUUCUAGCUCUAUGGCUGCCAUUUCAGGCCUGCAUGUUAAUGGACGUCUUCGUGGGAACCAACAUCUUAACUGCAUGGGCUGCGGUGUACUUGGCGUUGCCAAUCCUAGCGAGCAGCGCCAUAAACCCAUGGGUCUACGGUUAUCGAAAUUCGGAACUUCGCGCCGCCGUGCGAAAAGUAAUCGACGAUCUCCUUACCGCGCUCGGUUUCACUUAUCGUAGCCAACACCAAAACUCCGAUCCGCUGCAGCCCAGCGGCGUCGUUACGGCCGGCGAUCCGGCAUCGUUCAUUCAUCACGUGCAAGGGGAUUGUUUCACCGCGAAACCUUGCGGCGAAUUUCUACUGGUGCCAAUAGCUAGACCGGAAAGUUCGGGGGUGGUAUCGGACGCCGACACUCCGAAAACGUUGAAGGAACCGCCGAGAAUCGUGAUCUCCAGAGAUCCACCCCUAAGGUUAUCGAAGAGUAUGAUUGAUAGUUUCGCGAUUUCUAAGGGUCAGGAUGUUGUGGUUAUUAAAAACGGAGAGUGCGGAAUGAAACACGGUGCUAGCGUUGUUUAAGAGAAUAUAUUUUCCUGUGGUAUAACGACGAAGGCUGUUGAAAUGGAAUUUUGUGAUGUAUAGAAAAUUUAUUCAGAUUCUAAGUGAUAGAGGAGGUGUGAGGUCAGGAAGUAAUUAAGCUGGACUUUUGUAAAUUAAUUUCCGCAGGUAGAUUGCAAGUAAUGUAAUUUACUUUUUCUUCGUACCUUCAAGAUAAAUUGUGAAAGGUGUGCAUCUAUUGUAGACAAUUCACAUAAGUGGAUUUGCGGUUAGCUCUCUAUAAGCUACUUUUCUGUAGCUAUGAAGUAUAGGUACUUUGCCUAGUGAAAUGUCUCAAAAACUGCAUUCACCUUAUCCUCGAAAUGAAAAUAUAAUUUUCUCAUAAAACAUUGUACAACGUAGGGAAUCGAUUUUACCCGAAAAGUCGUAAAAGAAAACGUUUCAAGUACAUAUAACGGUCUCUGGUGGGUUUCCCCUAAUACAUGCUGUACAAAUAAUUUAAGAGUUUAUACUUACUCUGGAAACUUAUGACGUACGUAUCAGACAUAUGACUGUAUUUACUGCUUUAUAAUUUGAAGCCGUAAUUGCCAACGAUUCCAUUCACAGCAGUCAUAAAUAUAAGUUAGAUGGGACCAAACCCAUUGCAGUUUGUUCAACACGUACAAAUUUAGAUAGGUAGGUAAUCAUUUCUGGUUGCUCAACCCUAUAGAUUCGUACAGCUGUAUACAAAUUGGACCUGAAAGGAACACGAUAUUUCAUUUGAUUGCUUGUUUACCUAUACGCUUAGUUUCGGUUUUGUUGCCAUUCAUGUUCUCUCUAUUAUCGUUUUAAAUUCAAAAUUACUUGCAAUCUCUAGGUAUACAGGCGCAACAUUUUGUUUUCAAGAGAAUACUUAGAGUCACUUUAGGAACAUCCUAAGAGCUUAACCGCCAUAAACCUGUAUUAGUAUCUAUUUUUUCUAAUACCGACCUAAUCUUCGUAAAAAGAUUAGAUUAGGUCGAUGUUACGAAAAUGUAUCAAAACUGUUUUGUUACAGUGCGUUGAAAAGGUCAAACGAAACAUGCUUUGGGAGUAUUUUAAUAUCUAUACUAUUGAAAACAAAAUGUAGUCCUGUAUACACUUCUUAAAUGUUAUUUUCUCAAUAACACACAACGAAUUGUUACCAAAUAUGUUUGAUUCAAUGUCAUCGAUGUCUUUACUUAUUAUCGUUAAGUAAUUGUGCCAAUUCAAAGUGUACUGCGUCAUAAUUUUUAACGUUUCAUACACUUUCAAUGUUCAUGUAAACCACAAGAUUUAUUCUGUAAUACAUAAGAAAUUAUAUUUAUAUGUGGAAGGUACUAUUAUGAGGA